CAAAAGUUCAUCCUCCGAGUCCCUCGAGCCCUCGACAAGUCGACGUUCUGCGCCCUUACCUCGCUCCCGAAUUCGCAGACCUCGCCAUGUCGUCGCAGACAAUUGCGACGUCAACAAGAGGUCUGCCGGAUUUCUCCUCUGGACCGCUCGAUCUGCCAGACUUUCCAGAACCAACAUGGGCCGACUCCGAUACCUCGAAUCCUCGCGACGACGCGAAGCAACACGCGGACAUGGAGCAACAUGCUCCAGAACAAUCGCCCACGACCGAGCGCAAACCGUAUGUUGAGAUGGAUCACCAACAACGAAGCCAGGCCGUGGGGAAUCUGCUGGCGGCGCUGGCACCCAUAAGUCCGACCCAGACCGCAAUUGCGACUGCGGACGCAAACGCGGAGUCCCUUCCAAACAACGACUCGGUCACGCUCAAACCGACCGUGACCGACGACAACUUGAACCCUGCUGCCGACUCUCAUGCCACGACUGAGGCGACCAACGACCCCGUCGACUCAAACAUUUCUAGUAUCUCACUCCCGCCGCUUCCACCGCUCAGUAACGACGAGUUUCUGGACGGAAAUCCACAGCCCUCCUUUUCUCCUACGUUAGCCGCGCAGUCCACGGAGCAGAUCUCUCAAGUACAGCCAGAUUCCGCAGUCUUACCCUUGACGUCUCGGAUGGGGUCACUGUCACCGGCUGCGACGCCCGGCCCGAUGCCCGAACGGAGAGAAAUAGAGGCUUUCGCAAAGAUUGAGUUCGAGGAUGGCAACUACUAUAUCACCACCUACGCUUGUGAACUGGGUCGAGAUGCUUUUGCCUACAGAGCAGCACUUGCCAGGGCUGAAGAGGCACGUCAAGCCCAGCAAGACCGAGCACAGAGUUCCAGUGGUAGACGGUCAGAGGGCAUUCCAAGACCCAACGACAGCCAGGUACAAGGCAGUGUGGUCAGUGAGGCCGGUGGCUUUGGCGGCGUGGACGAUGGUGUGGUCUUGCAGGAUGGGGAACGUCGUGAAUCUGAUCCGAUGCACUCUCAAUCCUCUGAGAGGUCUGGUGGUAGUGUCGUCAAGCCUCAAGAGGUUCUCAUCAAUCCUCCUCUAAUUCCCUUCGACUAUCAUAAGAUGGCCGAGCGGCAGGCACAAUUCGAACAACAGAACGACAUAGCAGCAGACAAUGAACAACCUGCUCCGGUCACUGCCGAUCACAUCCCUGAUGCCCACAACUGUCCGCUCAUCCCCAUCCACGCCAUGCGUAACUUCCAGAAAUCAGAAGUUGAAAAUCACAGAAGUAUUUCUCGUCGACAUGUCAAAAUUCAGUGGGAUUUCGACAAAGAUUGCUUCAUGAUGAAGGUCUUGGGGCGAAAUGGGGCUUUCUUGGAUGACCAGUACUUGCCGCGUGGUGGGGUCAAGCGUCUUCGAGACGGCUCAAGGAUUCAGAUCUCAAACGUCUGGAUGACUUUUCGUUUGCCAAAUCAACAAGCGGAACACGCAAGCGAGGAUUCUGAUCACGAUAAUAGAGUGCGAGAGAGCCCGUCGGCGCAACCCUCCGCCACACCGACUCCCAACGAACAAGACAGAAGUGUUUCGCCUUCACGUACCGGCAAGACGAGGACCAAAAUCAUCCUGAACACAGCACAAAAGCCAUCCCCUACACUGGCUGAUCCUGUCAUUGGGCCAGAUGGACAGCCUCUACCACCGAGAAAACGGGGACCAGGCAGGCCGCCUAAAGACGGAAUCAUGUCUACACGAGAGCGGAGGGAACGAGAGAAGGCACAAAGAUUAGCAGAGGCCAAAGCGGCCAAUGGAGGCAAGACUCCGCCGCCAAUGUUGAAGGGGAAAUUUCCGAAGCCUAUCAUCAAGGAAGAGGUUGUCACCCCAGAUAGCAAACCCGAGAAACGAAAGUACAAAAAGAGAAAACGGCCGGGAGAAGAGGGCGACAUUAUGCAGUCGAUUGAAGGAGGCGAGGUGGACGUCCCUAGUGAGACGGAAAAGGUUCCUGUCAAGAAAGCACGGCAAUCAAAGUCGCCCUCUCCCGAAUACCCUCCCGCGGAGAGCUUGACCGAAGAGCAGCUUGCAAGACCAUCCGAACCCUAUGCCCGAUUGAUUUACGAUAUUUUGAUCGACAUCCACCCCAAAGCGCUGCCAUUGAAGCAGAUUUAUCGAGCUCUCAAGCUCAAGUUCCCUUUCUUUGUCCAUCGUGUAGAUUCAGAGGGGUGGCAGAGCAGUGUCCGGCACAACUUGAACCAGGAAUGGAACAAGCUUUUCGAAAAGGGAGAAAAAGAGGGCAAAGGAUUCGCAUGGAAGGCGAUCCCCGGCGCGCUUCAACCCCAAGCAGAGAGAAGACGAGCGGCCCAGCAAGCUGCUGCGAACAAGCCGAAACCGCCUCCCACACCAAGACAACAGCCUCCUCCAGGCUCGCAUGCCCCUUUGAACUGGCAGAAUACUCCUUUUCCUCAACAGAAUGGCAUGCCUCCAAGAGGCCCGCCACCUUUCUUCGUCCAAGGUCCACAUGGUCCGAUGCCGCCGCCACCAAACGGUAUGCCUUGGCCUCCUCCACCCCCUCCCGGCGGACUGCCUCCCUCAGGCACACCCAACGCAAAUGGCCAUGUUCCUCCCCAUAUGCAACCUGGGCAAAAUCCUCCACCUUUCUAUCCACCUUCACAGAACGGUCGCCCGCCGUUUCCCCCGCAGCCGCCCUCGCAAGGUGGUACCUCUCAACCCACUGCUGCCCAAGGUCAAGGACAGCCUCGUCCAAGCUCAGCUACUGCAACACCUGGACCGCCUCCACCAAUCAUGUCGAGCUCAUCUGCCUCUAGAAACAUGCCUUGCACUACAGACGGUCUGUUGGCCAUUCGAAGGUUCGAAAAUGCCAUGUAUGAUCAAGUGCGAGACCCGGCCAAGAUUGAGGAAUGGCAAAAAGUAUUUGCGUCUGUCAAAAGGCGGCUCCUCCAUGGGGCGCCUCAGUCUUCGUUGCCUAAUGGGGAGACAAAGGAGGAGCUUACUAUAAUGGAGCACGUUCGACGCUUUAUCGAAAGGUUCAAGAAUCCCAACUUUGUCGGCUUCUCUUCUGUUGAGCAACCACGAGGAACAGCUUCCCCCGCCCCUGCAGCAGCAAGUGUGGUGUCUAAUCCAGCGGAGACACCCGCACAAUCUCAGCCGCCGGCUGUGCCAGCUGCCUCAACUCCUGCUUCAGCCAUUCCGACGCCAGUCCCUGCUGCCGCCGUACCAGCCACUCCAGAGCCUCCGAAGGCGGAGGCUCCUCACAAGACCGACGUUUCGGGGAGUACAAGUCAGGCUCAACCACCGACGGCAGUGGAGAGCAAGGUUGGCGUUGUUGACUCACAGCAGGUCCAGAAUGCAGUCAAUGAGCCGGCGAAGCCAGCAGCACCAGCAGUACCAGCAGAAAGCCAUGAGCAACCGAUCAAGAAGGAAGGCGUUGAAGGCACUGUCACCAAGCCUGAACCUGUCGAACCGCAGCAGUCCGCCACACUGAGAGACAAACCACCCGGGGACGGCGCCAGAUCUACUCCCAAUGCCAAUGCGACUUAGAUAGGACAGGCUCUCAUACCUUGACACUUCAUGAAGCACAGACAAGCCUGGCAAAUUUGGCCGAGCAAGGCUCUUUCCUCUGCUCUGGCUUUUUUUCUUUUUCCUUCUCGCCGAACAUGGGGAGAAAGCAAGUUUCAGGAAUGAGAAAUGCAAUGCGGCAGCAGCUUUUACACACAUACACACAUAUCGACAUGAACAUUCGUCAUAGGGUCUUUAAUUGUGACACGUACAGUACUAGGUAGCUAAUUCAGGUAGAAGACAUUGAUGCCGAACAUGACUUUUUGGGGAAUGCCAAUGAAGGGAAAGGGAGGAAAAUGCGAAUCAUGAAACAUUAUAUCACAUGGCGGAGACUUGUAGUUCGGCACUACUUUGGAUCAUUUGUAUGUUUAUCAACUCUCUCUCUCUCUAUAUACAUACAUAAUCCCCGAACAGUCGACGCCCAGGGACAUUUCGCUUACUUAUCCCUCAGGCUCGCAACUUUGCUCUCGCGCUAACGACUGUUUAGUCGAAUCGCUGUCUCGUCUAUUUUCUUCCG